CAAACCAUGGGGAUUGAAUGAAACGCGGCGCAAUUUCAAGUGCCUGGCGGUGUAGAAUUUUAUGUUUAAGUUGUUUGUCAUUUCCUUCGUAUUUUUGUAAAAUCGACCAUGUCUUUCACUAAAAACAUUUUAAAACUCAUCGUGGCAAGUGGAAUUUUAGCCUUGACUGUACAGUACUUGCGAUACUGGAUGGUAAACAAACAGUAUGUAUUCACCAAAGAAGACAUCGCUAACUUGGCUAAACAGUAUGCGGGUCAGGAUCACGAGCAGGCCUUUGCCAAGGUGGUGGUGGAGCUCCGGAAGAAAUACCCUGGCCACAUCCUGGAGGAUGAAGACCUGCAGUGGGUCUUUGUGAACGCCGGAGGGUGGAUGGGCUCCAUGUGUCUGCUCCACGCCUCCCUCACCGAGUACGUCCUGCUCUUUGGCACAGCGGUGGACACAGGGGGACACUCAGGGCGCUACUGGGCGGAAAUAUCAGACACCAUCAUCUCUGGGACUUUCAGGCAGUGGAAGGAAGGGACGACGAAAAGUGAGAUGUAUUACCCUGGCGACACGAUCGUGCACGCGGUGGGCGAGGCCACGUCGGUGCAGUGGAGCGCGGGCACCUGGAUGGUGGAGUACGGCCGGGGCUUCAUCCCCUCCACGCUGGGCUUCGCCCUGGCCGACACCAUCUUCAGCACCCACGACUUCCUCACGCUCUUCUACACCUUCCGCGUCUACGCCAAGGGCAUGCUGCUGGAGGCCGGGACUCUGCUCACAGAAGCUGGGGUGCUCUAACGAAAGCACGAAAGCCCGGGGUCUCUACCACGAUAGUCAUUCCAUUCUCUCUCUCGUGCUCGCUCUCUCUCUCUCUCUCUCUAUCUCUCUCUCUCUCUCUUUCUCUCUCUCUGACAGAACUCUGUUCACAGAAGCUGGGGUGCUCUAACGAAACGAAACGAAAGCCCAGGGCUUCCACGAUAGUCAUUCCAUUCUCUCUCUCACUCUCUGACAUUACUCUGCUCACAGAAGCUGUGACGGUCUAACGAAACGAACGAAAGCCCAGGGUUUCCACCACGAUAGUCAUUCCAUUCUCUCUCUCUUUCUCUCUCUCUCUCUCUCUCUCUCUCUCUCAGAUGUUCCCAUAUCUGAAUGUUCACUAGUUCUCCCUGUACAACACUGUAUUGCACUGUUUUGUUAAAAGAGCAGUCCACCAUUUUUCGAAAUGUGCUCAUUUUACACUUCCCCUGGAGUUCAAUUGAUUCCGUUGAUAUUACUCCUACCUCCAAGCUAGCAUGCAUGUAUCAUUGUCCUUGAACAGAAUGUGUCCCACUAGCAGCUAGAGGACCCCAACUCUGUAACUGAAGACGAGGUAGGAAAUGAGCAUGAGUGUUUCUCAACCUUUUUUUAAUAAACGGCCCCUGGACCUCAUCCUAAGCCUCCCAAACACCCCUUGCCCUCAUCAUGAGCCUGCCAACACCCCCCUUAAUAUCAACAAAUAAAAUGGACUAAUGCACCCCAACGCCAACUAAGCACCGCCCCCUUUCAGCUGUAACCUUCUGAACGCCCCCCUAGGGCUCCCCAACACCCCCUGGGGGUCUGUACCCCCCCCCUACACUAACACUACGCUAGCAGCUAGAAGACCCCAUUCGAUAACUGAAGGCCAGAUAGGAAAUGAGCAUAUUUCCAGAAAUGGUGGUAUGCAGCAGUUUAGUGUACAGUACAGUGAACAAAUGAAUUGAUUCAAUAGCAGCCUGUCCAACAUGCUUGCUGAAAAAAAACCUUGUAUAAGGCACUUAAUGUGAUUGCUACAAGGUGACUAUCAUUCCUUGGCCAUCAAAAGACCGAUUUGUCACUUUAACUUAGUUUUUUAAAAUUAAAUUUAAAUUUCCCAAACUGACCAGUCAGGUUGUGCGCACUUCACUAGCGGAAUACAAGCACCUUUAGCUUGCAAGUGUUCAACGUGUUUAUACCUUUUAUGAUUCAAGUGGGUGAAAGCCCAUUUGUUUCCCAAGUUAUACGUAGGCCUAGUACUAAAACCUUUGUCAAUUGUUCUGUCAGUAAACACUGUGAAUUGAAAUUAACCAUCAUCAUUUCUUACAAAUGCAAUGCUCCAUCGAUUUUCUUUGAGAGUUUGGUUUACUUGGUCACUGUCCAUCUAUAUACUGUCUACUACUUUGUUUUACUGUAAAAAGGACCAGAGAUACUUAUUUCAACUUCGCAUGUUCCUUAACCGCCCAACAUAAUGUCUGUAAUGUUUAGUCUAGUCAGUGGAAGUAGCCUACACUACAGUCGUUAUUCUAGGGGUGUGCACACCACCUCUUACAGUAUCUGUGUUGGUGGGUACAUGUUAUUACAGGAAUGUUGAUUCUCCUGCCCAGAAGAGUGCUGCAUGUCCAUGUAUUAUUGUGCAUAUUGUACGUAUGAAUGGACAUUGACGUUCUUU